AUGCAAAUCCACAUACGGUCUAUCAGCAAUCUGCGCUUUGAGCUCAACGUGGAGCCAUACAGUACGGCCCUCGAGGUAAAGGAGCUGAUACAGGUAAGCAUUACAGCGGGAAAUGACACAACUGAGCAACGUGAGCGGAGUUUCCAAGCCGGAUCGGACCAGCUGCCCAUAAGCGGCAAGUGCGAGGGCUACAUGAAAUCCGCAAGUGCGCGAUGCACCCGCAAGUGCGCGAUGCACCAGCGGGCGAGGCACGAUUACGAACAUGUGGCGCAAGAAAAAGAGCGAUUAGAUGAGGGCACAAGCAAGAAGAGCAUGGCGCGUGUUUUAGGAAAAGGAAGGAAUAGUUCCACAGCAAGUUCGUUUGAUCUUCAACGGCCGUCAGAUGAACGACGAAGACGUACUGGAGAAAAGUGGGGUGACGGCAGGGGCUACAUUGCAUAUGGUUCUACAGCUGAAAGGAGGUUGUUGAACCGAAAAUUGUGGACUAAAAUUGUGGACUAA